GGGCUAGUGGCUUUUCUCAUUUUGAUUCUCCUUACCUCUGCUCUCCUCACUGCCUUCUGAAAACCGGAAUUGGCAGGCUAUCGUGAACAUUUCUACUUCCUAAAUGUUUGGUUACGGAGGAAACUUUUGUUCCUGUAAGUCAAUUUUUAUUGGCAAAUGCAUCAACAAUAAUUGUGCCGCGAACCCUACCAGAUUCUAGGUACACCAAAGGAGGUCGUUGUUACAAGAUUUAAAACAUGGCGGAACCGAACCAAAGGCCUCAACGUAAGAUGUCUACUGCUGGUUCCAGUCUGUACCAGAUACUGGGACUGGAGAAGGGGGCUUCGGCAGAAGAAAUAAAGAAAGCAUACAGGAAACUAGCACUGAAGUAUCACCCUGAUAAGAACCCAGACAACCCGGAGGCAGCUGAGAAGUUUAAAGAGAUCAACAAUGCCAACGCCAUCCUCAGUGAGGAGACGAAGAGGAAGAUCUACGAUGAGUAUGGCUCCAUGGGGCUCUAUGCGGCCGAGCAGUUUGGAGAUGACAGUGUUAACGUUUACUUCCUUAUGCAAAAGUGCUGGUUCAAGGCCCUGAUUGUGUGCUGCGGGAUUUUCACCUGCUGCUUCUGUUGCUGUUGCUGUUGCUGCUGUUGUGGGAAGUGCCAGUCAGAGUUGAAGGAGGAGCACAGACACGUUGACCCAGAGGAUUUGGAGGCCCAAAUCAGAGAUGAGGAGGAAAGGGCCGGUGGGGAGCCUAUAACUAUUAUAACGGAUCAGCCAGGCCCUAGCGCAGCCUCUGCCAUCUCAGGUGAGGAUUCACCAAUUGUAAUCCAGCCUAGUACUGCUGCUGAUCACAAGGCUGCAUUUAACCAUGACCAGUCUGCAGCCAACCACUCUGAACCUACAGGCACCACAACGAACGACUAAGAACCUGUCAAUUGGGUGUCUUCCAAUAGCCUGGUCCCAGCCUGGUCCCAGGUCUGCUGGGGCAGUCUGGCCAAUUUCUAUGACAUUCAGGACAAACAAGGAACCAGGCUAGUCAGCCUUUUCCAGAUACUCACAACAUAGGUGGUCCACUGCAGUGACAAUUCUAAGAUUUGUUUCUGUGGUUUUUAUUUUUAGCCAGUGGUAGGUGCUUAAAAUUCUGUUUAUAAUAACAAUAAUUUAUAUAACAGUAUAUUUAUAUUGUUUCAAGGGUCUCUUUGUGGUCAAUUAAAAUUGUAAAUCGGGAUCAGUUUACAAGAACUUCACGUUCUUAUGAUUGUGCCAUAUGCUUACCUUACCUUUAUGCUGAGGGGAACUUUCUGUAUAGAUUGAAAUGUUUUGGAACAAUAUGUGCAGUGUGAUGGCCUCAGCGUGUAGUGAGGAUGGUGGAGGAGAUUGACGUAACUUCCACACAGGCCCCUAUUCCAGAUCUAGUGCACAUCUUUUGACAAGAACUAUGUAUUGCAUUAUAUUUGACCAUGAGGGCACCAUGUGGCUGUCAGAAGUUGUAAAUGAAUGUGCACUUUAAAAACCUACCAAACAUUCACAGCCAGUGUUAUUAAAAGGCUGCUGUGGACUGAUACUCCCCUUUCUGUGGGAGCCAAUAGCUGCAACUGAACCAAGGUGAAAAGAUGCCAACAUUUUGUUAGUUUUUUUGUUUGUAGGUUAUUUUUGUACUUUUUGUCUGUAAGGUUUUUUUUCUUUUUUCAACUGUAGGAUUCUGUACUCAAACCUCAGUCUAACACAACAUACAGUACACUGCCUAGUGGAGGUCAACUGCAUACUGUUACUUUCUCAUCGGCAUCUGCACUGGCAUAGUAUUGUAUUUUUCAGUUGAAACCAACUAUGUUUAAUUCCAGAUCUGGAUUCGGUGUCAAAAUCGAUUUUUGGACCAUAAAGUCUAUAGCAUAUGUUUAUCACAUGCCAUCCUCUGAUAUUAAUGUGGGUGGUUAUCUGUUGUUGGUCAAUAGUAUCACAUUUGGUAAAAACUGCAAGUUCUAAUGCAGCUAAAAUGUAUUUCGGUGAUUUAAAUUUCCCUCCCUAAGGAUUUAACUGUUGUUUUUUUGUAAAGUGCUGUUGAUAUUUAUUCCAAGGUGAAUACAUUUUCCAAGUGGAUUAAAAAAGGCUUCCUUUGGAUGGUUGUGUAGGUUCUUAAUAGAAACAUAAAUAUUUUUUAAAUGUAUGUUUUGUUGAUACUGUAAAAUAUAUUUAUUUGCAUGUACAUUGGAAUAAAUUUGGGGA